ACAAUCCCCACUAACAUUCAGAAACCACUCAGUAUCGAAACAGUACAGCUCGGCACUCCGAGGUUGUUCUUUCUCUGAGUUUAUCAAAACCAAUUGAAAUCAACGUUUGUGAUCAGUGACAGUGUUUUUAUUUAUCAAAAAAUGGCACCACACACAAGUUACACAGCUGUCGGUGGUAUGGAGUACGAGGAACCAGUGUCACGAACCUAUCAAUACAGAAAAGUGAUGAAACCAAUGUUGGAGCGUAAACGACGUGCCAGAAUCAAUCGUUGUUUGGAUGAAUUAAAGGAUCUAAUGGUGACUGCACUACAGGCUGAGGGCGAGAAUGUUGCAAAAUUGGAGAAGGCUGACAUUCUUGAAUUGACAGUACGUCAUCUUCAUACAUUGAGAGCAGCACGUCGUUUGACAUUGACACCUGAGAAUACUUAUGCUGAUCGUUUUCGUGAUGGAUUUACGCAGUGCGCACAGGAGGUGUCAACAUUUUUAUCAACACCAGUUGCUGCCGCUGUACAUCCAGCAGCCGGCGCUCAACUUAUGAGACAUCUUGGUGGUUGUCUUCGACGACUAGAGGGACCGGCUAUCAAGGAACAACAACAGCAACAACAUAAAGGUACAACAACAAAAGUUAAUGUUAUGCCACAAAUCUACACACCACCACAAAGUCCAAUGAGUGAGAUGAGCAGUUGUGGUGAUUCAGAAUUAUCAUCAGCAGCAGUUUGGCGACCUUGGUGAAGAAGCAUUUUACAACAGGGAUGUUGUUAAAAUUUGUGCUUAAUUUUUUUUACAAUCUUCUUGAUCAAUUUGAAGAUGUAAUAUUUGCCGUCGCUCUCGACGAGGAUGAAGAAAAAACAAACGACAAUCCAUUUGUCUUCCAUGUGAAAAAAAAGUGAAAAUUAUUAGAGAUCUUGUUCUCUUUUUUGACAUUCUCAUUUUACUGUAAUAAUGAAAGUGUUUUUCUUUGCAAAUGCAAUUAUUAUUGAAUAAAUUAUAUAAUAUUCAAAGAGAAAAAAAAAUGUAUAGGGUGAUGAAGCUUUAAGUGAUGUCUGUGAUAGGGAAUAUUGUUGUUGUACCUGAUAUGAUUUUCUCACUUUUAAAAAAAAACAAGAAAAAAAAAUAUUAUGUUUUAUAUAUUGUAAAUCGAAGAGUUUUUUAUGUUAUAUGUUUUUAAGAAAAUGUUUCAUUCUAUAUGCACUAUUAAAACUACUGUUUUAUUGUCUCUAUCUCUCUCUCU